CUAUAAAUAAAGAACCUCAAGAUUUCCGUCUCACAGUAGGACGGGUCUAGAAGAGAAGAACAAUGAUCUCCCUGACUGGGAUCCUGAGUCUCCUCUCAGCUCUUGCAGCAACAAGUUACGCUCUCUCCUGUACGCAGUGCGUGUCUAUUACAUCCUCCUCAUGUUCGGGCAGCAGUGUGACUUGUCCUUCAGGAGAACAAUGCGGAUCCGUGUAUACAGAGACCAUGGCUGGUGGAAUGACUACUACAAGUAUCGUAAGGUCAUGCGUACCUUCAUCUGAAUGUAACUUCAAGGGCGGCAUAGGAUUUCAGCAUGGAAAAAUCAACAUGGUCUCUUCAUGCUGCAACACAGAUAACUGUAAUCCUACUAUGCCUUCAUUCCCAACACAAAGAUCUAACCCCAAUGGAGUGGUCUGCCGUUCCUGUAUCUCUGCCGACUCUACCUGGUGUUACACUCCAGAUACCAUACAAUGCACAGGGGAUCAGAAUAUGUGUCUCCUCCAGACAUCAAAAAUGUCAGGAUCAGCCUCAUCUUCAACAGCCCUUCGUGGGUGCGCAACAAAAUCCAUCUGUGACCUUGGCAGCAAGUCCCAAAGUAUCGGGGGAUUAUCUGUUGAAGCGAAGUACAUCUGCACCAGCGGUGGAAUAAGCGUCCGUACAGUCGUCCUGACUCCGGCCAUCGUGUGUCUUCUGCUCCAGAAAUUAACAAUGAUCUCCCUGACCGGGAUCCUGAGUCUCCUCUCCGCUCUUGCAGCAACAAGUUACGCUCUUUCGUGUACGCAGUGUGUGUCUCCUAUAUCCUCCUCAUGUUUGGGCAGCAGUGUGACUUGUCCUUCAGGAUAUCGGUGCGGAUCCAAAUACUCAGAAACCACUAUCGGUGGAAUGACUACUACAGGUAUCGAAAGGUCAUGUGUACCUUCAUCUGAAUGUAACCUCAAGGGCAGCAUAGGAUUUCUGCAUGGACAAAUGAAGAUGGCCUCUUCAUGUUGCAACACUGACAAAUGUACUCCGAUUAUUCCUUCAUUCCCAAUAAUAAGCUCUGACCCCAAUGGAGUGGUCUGCCGUUCCUGUAUCUCUGGCGACUCUACCUGGUGUUACACUUCAGAUACCAUACAAUGCACAGGGAAUGAGAAUAUGUGUCUCCUCCAGACAUCAAAAAUGUCAGGAUCAGUCCCCGUUUCAACAGCCAUUCGUGGGUGCGCAACUAAAUCCGUCUGUGACGUUGGCAGCCAGUCCUAUAGUAUCGGAGGAUUAUCUGUUGAAGCGAAGUACAUCUGCACCAGCGGUGGAAUAAGCGUCCGUACAGUCGUCCUGACUCCGGCCAUCGUGUGUCUUCUGCUGCUGAAAUUGUUCUUCUAACUUAUUAGGAAUUCUGAAUGUGGCCAAAAGAAAUGAGAAAUGCACUGACGUAAUAUAACAAUGACCUAUAUAAUAGUAAUAUAUACAUCUUGCUUCCAUUGCUUUUCAUAUUCUUGUCAAUUUUACAUUUGCUUUCUAAAUAGCUUCCACCGAUAAUUCCAGAACAAUGAUCCUUCUCCAAAGUCCAGAACAAAGGAGAACUACAAGUCCUGUACAUGGGAAGUGAGACGUUUCGAUUUCCUUCUCGCCCCUCUCUAUGUAUGUGCUGUAGUCUUCCUUGCUGCGGUUUUUAUACGGAUUAUUCAUGUUUUUACUCUUUGCCCUUUUUCUGGCACCAAAGCCCGAAACCUCCUCCACUCUCUCGAAGAACCCGAAGAAAUAUCUAAUGAACCCAAUGACCUGGUGAAAAAUGUGUCUUAUGGUAAAUUCUCUAUUUUACAAAAAACCUUCCUGUAGAAAAUUCGUACUCUUGGAGAGAUUUGAAAGAAAAAGGACACUUGUCUGGCGCUUGCUGGAUCGGGAAAGUUGUAAGGAUGCCCCAAGAAAAAGGACACUUGUCUGGCGCUUGCUGGAUCGGGAAACAAAGUUGUAAGGAUGCCCCAAGAAAAAGGACACUUGUCUGGCGCUUGCUGGAUCGGGAAACAAAGUUGUAAGGAUGCCCCAAGAAAAAGGACACUUGUCUGGCGCUUGCUGGAUCUGGAAACAAAGUUGUAAGGAUGCCCCAAGGGGCAUCCUUACAACUUCGUUUCCAGAUCCAGCAAGUGCCAGACAAGUGUCCUUUUUCUUCCAAAUCUCUCCAAGAGUACGGAUUUUCUACAUUGCUACACUGGCCCAGGUCACUGGGCACGGACAGACACAGGCUGCUGCUGAUUCCUCCAUGCUUAAAGGGGUACUCCAGUGGCAAACUUUUCCUUUUAAAUGAACUAGUUCCAGUUAAACAGAUUUGUAAAUGACUUCUAUUAAAAUAAUAUUUAUCCUUCCAGUACUUUCUAGCAGCUGUGUGUGCUACAGAGGAAAUUCUGUUCUUUUUGAAUUUCUUUUUUGUCUUGUCCACAGUGCUCCCUUACCUCUUCCCUCCUGGUUUGGCCCUUAUCUUACAUCUACCCUUUUCGCCUGGCCCUUUCUUCUUCUAUUGCCAAAUAGAAUUAAGGGGUUCUCCACCAUAAGGUGAUUUUAGUACGUACCUGCCAGACAGUAAUGGACAUACUUAGGAAGGAUCUGUCCUUGUCUUGGGGCUAAAUGGCUGUGUUUUGAGUCCAUCAUAAAGCUGCCACUUUUUGUGAAAUGGCUAUUUCCUGUUGGAGUUCCCUCCCUCCAACUACAAGUCCCAGGAUCCCUUCUUUGUAAAUAGGAGGUUACAUUUUAGUCAACACCACCCCCCCCCCACCCAUUCCAGCACAGAUAGACUCCCUUCCAUUCAUGCUCUGCUUGAAUCUACAAUUUCCUGCAGUCCUGUGGAGUCCCAUUAAAGCACAGACAGGCUUCCUUUGAACGCCUGACUAGUGAUGUAAUUUCUCAGGCUGCACUGCGACCUGGACAAACCUGAGACAACACUCAUUUUGUAUGCUGCUAAAAAAUUACAUUAGGGCAAAGAUCACUUAAGAAUUGCAAGACCACCAUCAACACAGGUACGGACACGAUAUUAUAAACUACACUUACUUUACAGCCCCUGGUACAUAGUCAAAGAAAAUAAAAAAUUCCCGGAAUACCCUUUUAAGGAUCAAAAGUAGUGGAAGAUGCUGAUGUGCUGCUGACCGGAAACAGUAGAAACCACUGGAAUCCAAUUCUAAGAAAUCUUCUUGGUACAGACAUUCAGUACGACCACAGAACAGAGAUUUUAGUUUUCAAAGAAAAAUCAUUUCACUUUUUAAGUGUUUUUUUUGUUUUUUUGUUUUUUAUCUUUUCUCAUUGAUAUCUCACUGUUGACCACUUGUCAUCAUUUUUUUUCAUACCCCAUGAUAUUUUCUUUCAUACCCCAGAAUACUGUUGUGAAAUGUUUCAAUAAAAAUACA